GGGGCAAGUAAGUUCCAUGGUUUUCAAGUGUUUUAAAAGUCCAUGGUUUACUCUCUUCGCAGAGCGGAUGUAAAAACAAACAAACGGUGGAGAUUCCCCGUGAAAGGAGAAAUAGUGAAAAAGAACAUUCGAAUCGACGGCUGGAAGUGUUUGAAACCUCUCUCUCUCUCUCUCUUCCCUAUUGGUUGGGGUUUUAGGGCAGAGAGUAGGGAGCGAAUGGGGGGCGAGGAGGGGGAGGUGCUGCACGAAGAAGAUGAGCGCUUUGUGGACGAAUCCAAGGCGAGCUACGAGUAUCUGCUCAAGAUGAAGGCGAGCAACAAGGAGAUGGAGCGCGCGCGGGUGCCGCUCGAGUGGCGGGAUCAAUGCGCGCACAGGCUCAUCCCGCUCAACAAGUGCCGGCAGCAGAACUACUACCUGCCGUGGCGAUGCGUGGAGCUCCGCCACAGCUUCGAAAAGUGCCAGUACUACCUCUAUCUCGCGCGGGUGUGGAAGAUGCAGCAGCUGGAGAUGGAGAUGGAGAAGGAGAAGCAGGAGGCCAAGGUGGGUCUCAAGAUCCCCCAGCCUGCCGCCGCGGCUGCCGGCGACGAAGCCUUGGCCUCGUAAUGCUGGAACUCUUUGUUUUUCAUGUUUCUCAAAACUGUUUGAAGCUACAAGCUCCAGCAAUCUGGAGAAGCGCAAGUGAUUAAACCGGCUUCUUUUGC